UUUUUUUACACUGAUUGCUUUUAUACCCAUAAAGGUUGUAAAAGCAAUCAUUUCUCCUUCUCUCUGACUGCAUUCUUGCAGCCAUUGAGAAAUACUGUGAGAGCUGUGAUUGGUCACAGCUUGUCACAAGGUACAAGGCUGUUGUGAAUAGCCUGACCUCUGUGAUCAUUCACAGAUUUCACUAGUAGUAAGUAAUGAUGUCAGGAAGUGAAAUCUUGUUUACUAAUCUUCAUGUGAUCAUUGACUGGCCAAUCGUGAUCACAGAGGUCCCAUACAGCGAUUGGUGUUCCGCUCUGUCUGCACAGGCUGUAAAUGCAGGCGCCGUUUAUGAACGGCAACCCGCUCCUGCACUGCUCCCA